AUGUUAGGAUUGCAACCGAUAAACAGUAAACGAUCGGCCCCCGGCCCUGGCCCCAUACAAUUUAUCUCCCGAGGAGGGAGGAAGGCAGGGUUGUUUUGGGUAAACCCGCGAGUGACAACGCCCCGAGAUGCAUGGUGCAGUCAGCGUGGUAUCUUUGGUUGUCCCAUGAUACAGACGGCUCCCCGUACCGUAGGUAGAGCUCUGAGCACCCUUCUUUUCCCGCCUAUUUCCCGGGUCUCUGCAUGCACCAUAAAGGCCUGGAUUCCAGAUUUCUCAGCAGCGAAGCAGGAAAGAAAGCAGAAGGACAAGAAAGAUGUCUGGCGGCAUCAUGUCCUAUCACUCUACUUGGAUCGAGUGUACUCGAUUCCCGUUAAGGUGGUUCACCCACUAAAGUACGGUGCGCCUAUAUUUUCGAAGUCCUAG